CAUCUGGUCUUUGGGGCCAGAACCAGAAGAAGAUGGAAUCUGUGCAGACCCCGAAUUAAUGUAAAGAGACAGAAAAAAAAAAAGCUAUCACAGCGUAGAUGGACCUCUGACGUAAAUGCUACGCUUGGGUGUUGACUUGGGGGUCGAAGAGGGAUAGACCAUGUGACCAGUCUGUAACCAGUUCGAUCACAAAGAAUCCAAAGCCACCACUCAAGGCCUUGCCUAUCGCGCGCGCGCCCUUUUCUCCCAGCUCUCUCUUUUCCCCAGCCAAUUUAUAGCAACCCUAGCCCGCCCUCAAUCUCAACAGGUCAUCUAUCUCCUCCUCAGAGUCGAAAAGACAAUACAGUAUACCGGUAUACCGAAGAUGUUGCUCUCGACCACCGUGGCGCGUCCCCUGCAGCUGCUCACCCGGUUCAUGCAAUGGGCCAGCGCAGUCAUCGUGAUGGGCAUCACCUCCUACUUCAUCCACCGGGGUCCGCGCGGCCAGCACAUCAUCUACGAUGAGGUUAUUUCCACCAUCUCCGUAGUCUUCUUCCUCCCGGCCUUCGUCUCGCCGUUCAUGCCCCACGCCCUGAGCAAGUUCGUCCUAGCGAUUGACGUGAUCUUCUCCUACCUAUGGCUCACCUCCUUCAUCUUCGCCGCCCAAGACUACAACUGGCACAACUGCGGCGCCAACGCUCCCCCGGGGGCCUCCUGCGCCCUGAAGAAAGCCAACGAGGCCUUCAUCUUCCUCACUUUCAUCUUCACCUUCUUCGCCAUCUUCCUCGAAGUCGGCGCCCUCUGGGCCUACCGCCGCGAGAACGCCGCCCCCGUCCGCGAGAAGAACUCGGGCGGCGCGCACGGCGGGCCCGCGGAUGCGCCGCUCGCUGCGUCGGCUUAGCGCCUCCACCGGUUCUUACUUGGUGUGAACUGAAUGGGACCUAAUCUGGGCAGGAAUGUGCUUGCUGGUCUGGGACCACUGUUCAUCGGCUAAGGUCCUGAACUAUACCGAAGGAUGAUUGUGUUGCGGGGAUCGGCUUUUGUCUCGGGUUUUCUUCGACCCUUGUUGUGAUGAUACCAUGUUCUCAGUCGGCGGGACCUACCUCACGCCCGCCACGACUUGCUACUUUACUUAUUUACUAGCUUAAUAUUGUUGUGGUUGGCAGGAGUUGCAUGAGGACUUGGGUUUUAUGUUUGUUGGUUGAUUGGUGGUUAUGGUGAUGGUGAUGCGGUAAUGGAUCUAAUGAUGUUGAUGAUGAUGAUGAGGUG